GAGCGCGCUGUCAGGAUGGAAAAAGCCAGCGUAGAAAACGGACAGCCCCUAAGCACGGCCCAGACAGAGGAAGUCGGUCAGCCUCUCGCACCCAGCUCUCCAGUAAAGGAGCCCGCGGGGGAGCCCGUCGGGGAGCCCGCCGGGAUGCCCGUCCCGGAACCCGCCUCAGAGCCCGCCCAGGAGCCGGUCCGGGAGCCCGCCCGGGAGCCCGCUGGGGAACCGAUCCUGGAGCCAGCCGGGAAGCCUGGCCGGGAGCCCACGGGGGAGCUCGCCGAGGAGCCCUCCGAGGAGGAGCCGUCCGAGGAGGAGGAGGAGGAGGAUGAGGACGAGGAUGAGGAAGAGGAGGAUGAAGAGGAGGAGGACGAGGAGGAAGACUUCUUUCCCGAAGAACUCCUUCCGGAGCUCCUCCCAGAGAUGCUGAGCGCCGAGGAGCGCCGUCCGCUGGAGCGCCUUUCCAGAAAGGACCUGUUUGAGGCGCACCCUCCCAUGGAGCAACCUCCCUGCGGGGUGGGCAAGCACAAGCUCGAGGAGGGAAGUUUUAAGGAACGCUUGGCCCGCUCUCGCCCACAAUUUUCCGGGGACAUUCAUGGUCGAAAUUUAAGCAACGAGGAGAUGAUAAAGGUGGCGGAGGAGAUGGAGGAGAUGAAGAGGGUGCGAAACAAACUGAUGAUAAUGCACUGGAAGGCAAGAAGGAAUCGGCCAUACCCUAUUUAACGUGUCAGAGGCUCCUUGUCUUCUGAUUUGUCCGAGAGCAGUGUUAUCAUUAUCACUUGAACUUGAUUUGUGUUUUCCGUAAAUCAUCCCCUUCCCGACCCCAGUUUCUUCCGUUUAAUGUUUUCUGCUUGGCUGUAUUUUGGGUGUUUUGCUUGUAACUAGCAUAAAAACGCACCACGGCCAUUCAUUCACAAGUCUCCUUGAAACCACAUUUGCAUGGAAAAGAUGUACAAUAUGUAUUGUGACGUGGAAAGAGACAAUUUUCAAAACGUAUAUGUAGUAUGUCAUUUUUGUAAAAUAAUGUAUAUAAGUAUGCAGAGAAAACACUGAAAGCAUAUACUUCAAAGACAGUGGUUAACUGAUAAAAUGAGUUUUGUUUUAUUUUUAUUUCUGCUUUGUAAGAUUUUCUCAGUUUUCCAAGACAAACACAUUCUACUUGUGUUGUAAAAAAAAUGUAAUGGAAAAGUGUAAAACAAAAAAUAUCAAUUGGCAUAUAAA